UCUCACUCAUAGUGUCACAUGUUUUAUCUCCACUAGAAUAAAAUCAUUGUAGUUAUCGACGUUUGUAUAACAAUUGAAUCAAUUUGGUAAAAAUGGAAAUGAAUAAAUUAUAAAAGGAUUGCAAAUGAAUCUCUGUAGGCUGUAUGAUGUGAUUACAUUUUUUAUGUCUUUAUUGCGUUCUAUACGCUUUAUAUAAUACGAAAAGAAGGGAAUUGAGUCAUAAAUAUUUCCCACAAAUGCAAUGCACUCACAGUUCUACCUCUACUAUAAUUGAACUGGUUGGGACAAUCCCAGACAUGCAAAGAAUGCUGAAAAGAAUCCUCCCUUGAGCCGCCGUGCACAGAGAAAAGUUAGCACUGUUUCCCCUAUUGGCCGUUCAUUUCUCCCACACCCUCUGCAUCUUGUGUUGGUGUUAUGACUAAAGUCUCCUGCACGGCACGUAGUGAACAAAUCAGGUAACGGGUGUUAUUUGUUUGUCUCCGACUUUUAAUUCAUUUGCCAUCAUCGCAAAAGGGCAGCUGAAUAACUCGGAAGUUAACGUGGCAUAUCGUCAUUUUUCAGCAAUAAAAUGUGCCUGAGGCGCUGCAUCGGAUCCGAUGCCAAUCAUGUGACACCUAUGGGGCCUUAAGGCAUCUUUCAUUUCAGCUUAUAUCACGCUUCACUGCUGCACGUAGGGUCUCAGAACCGAGUGGACCUGUCGCAACAAAGCCACUGCCCAUCUCCCAGGGUGGAUCGCUACACAUGAGGAGCCGCUGGCCAUGCACGCUGCCUGGAGAUGAGAAUGAAACCCAGUCGUCAAUUCUUCCUGGGCCUGUGCUCCAUGCUGGCCCUGGGAUUCCUCUACCACUCCGGGAGGAUCAGCUUACGAGGCUGGAGCGGCGAUUCGUUGUAUGACCAACAAGGGUUCCUUCUCAAGCCGGAUGGCGCUACUCUGCCGUUGGAGCUGGUGUACAAGUACGGCAAUCUAAGCGAGGGAGCCUGUAAGCCUGGUUUUGCCGCUGCCAAGAUGACGGCCAUUUAUCCAAAGUUCAUCAAACUGGCUCCCAUGUUCCUCGACCCAAACUACAAAAGAUACUCCAAGAUCGGCGGUUAUUCCCCUCCGUUUGGAGUCAAAUCACAAGAGAGGAUCAUAGAUAUUCUCCUGUCUGCUACGAAGAGCUACGGCGUUGGGGAAGAACUUGACAGCAUGAACUGCAAGACGUGCAUCGUCGUGGGCAACGGAGGAAUCCUGGCCAACAGGUCGCUGGGACAGAGGAUCGAUGACUUCGAUGUGGUGGUCAGGUUGAACGAGGCCCCGGUGAGAGGCUUCGAGAGAGACGUGGGCUCCAAGACCACCAUGAGGAUCACCUAUCCCGAGGGGGCCAUCCAAAAGACAGAGCGCUACGAGGCUCAGUCCCUGUUUGUCCUCUCGGCUUUUAAAGCUCUAGACUUCAAGUGGCUCCGACACAUGGUCUUCAACCAGAGGCUGCACAGCACCGAUGGCUUCUGGAAGUCGGUGGCCAGGCACGUUCCAAGGGACCCUGGCGACAUGCGCAUCCUGAACCCCUACUUCAUCCAGGAGGCCUCCUUCAAGCUCAUCGGCUUGCCCCACAACCGCGGACAGAUGGGCAGAGGGAAUAUCCCGACCCUUGGGGCGGUCGCCAUAACAAUGGCCCUCCAUAACUGUGAUGAAGUAGCAGUGGCUGGAUUCGGCUACAACAUGAGCACCCCCCAUGCCCCGCUGCACUAUUAUGAGAAGAUCAGGAUGGCGGCCAUCAAAGAGUCCUGGACUCACAACAUAUUGAGAGAGAAGGAGUUCCUGCUGAAGCUGGUGAAGGCUGGAGUCAUCCAGGACUUGACCAACGGGAUCUGCGGUGCAGGAUGCUGAUGGUCCUCACUCAGCAUCACGAUGGAUGGAUGCAGCACUGUGCUCACCUUCCACCUGCUUCCAUCAGAGAGCAGCAGCUGUCACACAGUACUGCGGCCCGUGCUGAGGCACUGUUUGUUUUGGGCAUUGACAUAUUGCCAGCAAGCGGCCUCUGUAUUUAGCUUGAUCUACUGGCUGGUCAGUGUAUAUUUACAUGGUUUUUGGUGCCCUGGCUCAAAGGGGAACAUCCUCAGUGAUGGGGAUCAAACCAGAAAAUGGACCAGAGCUACUCCAGGCUGCGGGGCGGGGUCGGGGGUAGAGGAUGAAGGGUUUAAGUAUUGAGCCUGUGCCAAGAAUACCUCUACAAGUGUCCUUCUACCCACGUAUCUGAAUGUAAUCUGCAUAAAACAUAGUUAUUUUUUUCUGUCUUCCAGUGGCUGCAUGACUCAGUCGUCGUAGACCAGACGUCCGUGGGUACACCCACUCUAUAUCAUAGCAAUUACAAAUUACACAAACAUUACGUAGGCAACAGUACUCCCCCCUAAGUAAUGACACUCAAGUACAAAGUUUGGCUUCCACUCUGACUACUGAUCUUACACUCCCACGUGCACUAGAUGUGUCUGAGUCGCAUUUAGCUUUCAAUCAGUCUAUGUGGGAAUGUACAUAUUUAUUGGCACUUGACUUAACUAAUGUUUGCGAUACGAUGGGUGUCAUUCGCUACUGAUUUUGUUGCAACAUGCACUGUUGUUCAAAAGUGUGGAAUCAGCUGUUCAAUUACAGAGAAGUGCAGUAAUUGAAACACAUAAUUGUACUAAACAGCUGAAGAAUAAUAGGUUUUAAACUUCCAUUCAUUCACAUUCUCACUGCUUUGCAUAACAGAAGGGAACUUAGAUUUGGAAUGCUUUUUCUAGGAGAGAAAAGCAGAGUAUGAGCUAUAAUCAUUAUCGGCACACACACAGACUGCAAUGAGGCUCCUGAUGGGUUUUUGGGUGGAAUUGACACUCAGCGAUCUGAGUGUACUGUAUCCAGAUUUUGUGGAUGUAGAUUCCAAACUUUUGAAAAGUAGACCCAUUUUCUUUUUUGUUUCUGUCACCAAUCAUAAAUUGGCUGCAAUUUUUUUCUUGUAAUCUUGUAUAAAACACAAACAAUAUUAAAAUGUUUUAGAAAUAUAUUCAUUAAACAUAAAAAGAACAUGUGAACUGUAAAGGAGGCACAGCUUAGUUGCGGUGCGGCGAGAGCGUGGUGUGGCUGCCUCCAGUGGACAUGGCGAGAGUAAAUCGUCAGUUUAUCUAUGAAUAAACUGCGUCUCGGGUUGUACUUUUGCGUUCCACUGUGUAGGCCAGACACGUUUUAAAUGACUUUAUAAUAUACUAUAAUAUACAGUAUUUCACUUUUUAUUUAGUAUUUCCCAUCAGUAUUUCAUUAAGCGUAUCUUUGAGGAUGUUGUUAUGAUAGUGAAUCACAACUGUUUCCAGCCACUAACAAUGAUUUGCUUGCAUGACUGAUAUGUAAAUCAUAUCACUAUGUUUUCAGCUGGUGGCAUUGCAACGAGUGCUUUAGGUCAAGCUGUAUUAUGAAAAGGUCAAGCCCCCCCAAACAUGAAGUUGGUUUUAAUUCCCAAUUUGACUAAUCAUCAUGGUCAUCAACAGAACAUAUCUGUACAAUUUUGAUUUAAUAUGUAACCUUUAGGAUCUGUUGGAACUGAAAUUAUAUAGUGCUUUUCUAGUCUUUUCGAGCCCUCUCCAGGUUCCAAUCCACCUAACCGACAGACUCUAUCUCAAUCAACAACUGCAGAUCAGCAAAGUUUCUGUCACCGACGGUGUCCCCCAGGGUUUAGUGCUUGGUCCCCUUCUGUUCAUCCAAAUGAACAGACCUCUACAACCAGGCGCCCUCCAACUGUUCUGACAGCCUUUACCCUCCUGAUGCCUCACGUCUGUUUAUAUCAACCAAGCGCCAAACCAGCGGUGGAUUUUUUUUUUCCCGUUGGUUGCUCCUCUCUAUAUCAUCACCAAAUCACAUUGGAAAAUAGCCCCACAUUGACGACAAUCAAAAGGCUUUCAAAACCCACCUCUUCAGAUCUUAGACCCCCACCCCUCAUAUUUUUUAUUUCGCAGUUGAUAUCAUUUUAUGCUACAUAUUUACCAAAUGUAUUCUUAAUUUAUUCUGUCUGAAUUUGAUUUACCAGGAAUCUAAGUAUAUAAAGUGUCUUUGAGAUGUUUGAAAAGCCCUUCAUAAACCUGAUGUAUUAUCAUUAUUACUACACAAGGCAGCAUGUAUGUGAUGUGGGCUGCAGGGGACAGAAAUGACAACUGAAUGACCAUGAAUGACCAUUUCCCCUCGAUGUGACUAGAGAGCGUUGGGCAGGGUUCUGCUGGCUUUAAACUCACUGUGAUCAUACUCUCUUCUCAUCAUUGUCCAAAGUAAUAUAAUAACGUAAGAGCCCCAAAACGUGGUAAACCUGCUAAGGGCUGCUAUCUCAGGCUCCCAGCCAUCAUAAUCAGUGCUACUAUCAAAGACAUAAACUGAGCUUUAUGAUGCAAUCUCGUUACAUACUACAGUCAACUGAAUUGUGAAAUGUGUUUGUGUUACGUAAUACACUGUGGCAACGUUUGUGCUCACACUGGUAAGAUGCCCAAGCCAAAGUAUUACUUUAUUUAUUUUAGGCUGUGCAAAAGAACGUGUUAAAGAUUAAAGAUAUAAGUGAUGCUGUAAA